UAUAUAUAGGCUGACCGGAAGUAUAGGCUACAUUACUUCCGGUAGAGGUGCAUUUUUGAGUUUAACGAUGACGGCGGCGGUGUUUUUCGGCUGUACUUUUAUCGCCUUCAGUCCCGCUGUAGCGUUGUUUAUGCUCACUAUCGCCCAAGAUCCUCUAAGGGUUAUUUUCCUCAUCGCGGGAGCAUUUUUCUGGCUCGUGUCUUUGUUGCUGUCGUCGUUGGUGUGGUUCAUCUCUGUACAGAUCAGUAAUAAAGACAGCAGCUCGCAGCAGAAAGGCCUGCUCGCCUUCGGAGUGCUGCUGUCUGUCCUGCUACAGGAACUCUUCAGAUUCGCCUACUAUAAACUCUUAAAGAAAGCAAAUGAAGGUCUGCUGGCCAUCAGCCAAGAGGAGACUAUGCCCAUCUCCGUUCGCCAGCUGGCUUACGUGUCUGGUCUGGGAUUCGGGCUGAUGAGCGGCGCGUUCUCGGUGGUUAACAUCCUGUCUGACUCUGUGGGUCCAGGGACUGUGGGCAUCCACGGAGAUUCACAACAUUACUUCAUUUCUUCAGCCUUCAUGACUCUCGCUAUAAUUCUCCUGCACGUGUUUUGGGGCGUCGUCUUUUUUGACUCGUGCGAGCGUCAGAGGUGGUGGUCACUUGGAGUUGUGGUGUGCAGUCACCUGUUAGUGUCAUGCUUGACGUUCGUGAACCCGAAGUACGAAGGCAGUCUGAUCCCCACCUACAUGGUCGUGUGUGUGAUGGCCGUUUGGGCGUUCUUCUGUGCCGGUGGCUCUAUGAGGAACCUCAGACUUUGUCUUUCCUGCAGGGACAAAGACUUCCUCCUGGUCAAUAACAGGCAGAGAUAACAGCAUCUUAUUUUUCUCUCUCUCUCUCUCUCUCUCUCUCUCUCUCUCUCUCUCUAUAAAGACUGGAGCUCAGCCAGUUCACGAAUCUUCAGACUCUUGCUGUGGGACUGGAGAUUUUUCUUUUUCUUAGUGUUUGGCACUUUUUUGUACCCGUUUCCCUUUCUGUCCCUGUACCUCAACUCUUUAUCUGUUUGGGACAGAAGGAGAACGAGUUUGUAAACUAGCUUUUUUUUUUUUUUUUUACGUUUAAUAGUUUUGUGUGUUGAUUCGGUGUUCUUUGUGUUUCUCAGUGAUUUUACUGAGAAAUUGGUUUUGAGAUCCACACAAGAGUCGAAACCCUGAGCAGUAACUGACUACAGAAGCCUGGAGGAGGACAUCUCGUUUUUUUUUUUUUCUUUUUUGGUUUGUUUUUCUUUACACUCGAGAAAGUAAAACAUCAGUGUAGAAAUCAGUCUGCUGAUUCGAGGUCUUUGCAUCUUUUUUUUUUUCUUACAUAAAACAUGUUUAUGUAAAUGUAGUCCAAUUUUAAAACUAAAACGAAUUAUGUGAAAUAAUCCUAUAAUAGUGAUAUUAAGGCUGGCCGUGAGACUGUAGCUCUCAUCUGUAGCGCUUUAACUCUUUAAUUAAAAUGAUCGGUCUCUAAAGAUAAUUAUAUAUAUAUUUAUAUAUUAACAUAAAAUUAAAUCAAGUACUUGUCAUAGCCCUAAUUUAGCUGUAUUUAUUUACUUUAUCUUGUACGUAAAUCUUUGAGUUUAUGAAGUAGGAAGAUAAGUGUUCACUUUCUAUUUUGCUGACACUAAAUUACAUCCAAAAAAAAACAACUCUUAAUUAUUAACAUCUUCACUUUAUGAUUAAGUGUGAACGAGACGAAACAGUGACGUUUUGUUGUAAAUAUUUGCAGUGAAAUUACCUUUAAAAGUGAAGGAUAUUGACGUAUUUUAUUAGCUGAUUGAAGUCUGCUCUGCUCUUCUUGCUGUUUCUAAGAUUCUGACUACUGUAACCUCGGCCGUGUGGCAGAACCUUUAUAAAAUGCAGCAGAAACAAUUAAAGGUUGAAUAUAAACAACA